AUGAAUGUAUCCACCCAGUCUACAUUAGGGCUCUGGCAGCUGUUGGAAGAUGCUGAGGCUGAGCUUCUGGGUGAAAGAGACUGCAAGGACAACAGGACCAAGGACCAACAGAUGAGCUGCUGGUUUCAGGAGUCUUGCCUGCAAAAACAUGCUCAGUUGCUAGCUCAGGAUGAGUACACAGUGGAUGUGGAGUUGAAUUUUACAGAUGUCAAGACAGAGGACUACCUCAGGAGCCUCCUGAACAAUGGCAGCUUUUCUGUGGCCUUGGGUCCCACUGUCAAUGUCACAAACAUUGACAUUACCACAGUGUGUUAUCUAAAUGGAACUGACUUCCAGUGCAGAUGUGAGGAUCAGUUUGUUUGGUCAUAUGGAAACUGUAUUACAUACGGAGCCUGUGAUGAGAUCAUUGAUGAAGUGUGUGGGUGUAUCAACAGUAUUCCAUCAGAUCGACAAUAUUGCAAGCCAAAGAAAGUUCCUGAAGUUAUUUAUGAAUACCAGAUUUUCAUUGAGGUGAACACAACAGACACAGAUCAGCUGGAAAACACGCUGAAAAACAUAAUUUUCCCUGUCCAAAUCAGCCCUCAAGUAAACAUCUCAGACACUGAUAUAACUACAGUUUGUAGCCAAGAUGGCACUGAGUUCCAGUGCCGCUGUGAGGAUGACUAUCUCUGGCCUUGUAACAAGUGUGCCACCCAUGGGAAAUGUGAUGGUCACACAAAUAACACAUGUGGCUGCAUUAAGGCUAUUCCCACAGAUGGACAAUAUUGUCAGUCAAUCCAACAUCAAAACAUUUCAGUGUGUUCACCAUCAACAGCUCCUCCAGUUAUUCAUGAUUACAUCCUUGCCGUUGAGUUGAACAUCUCAGAUGUUACAGUAAUAAAUCAACUGAGGACCAUUCUGAGCAACAGCAGUUACCCCAUCAGCAUCAACAACCACAUACAAAUCUCCUAUGUCAACAUUUCAACAGUGUGUUAUCUAAAUGGAACUGACUUCCAGUGCAGAUGUGAGGAUCAGUUUGUUUGGUCAUAUGGAAACUGUAUUACAUACGGAGCCUGUGAUGAGAUCAUUGAUGAAGUGUGUGGGUGUAUCAACAGUAUUCCAUCAGAUCGACAAUACUGCAAGCCAAAGAAAGUUCCUGAAGUUAUUUAUGAAUACCAGAUUUUCAUUGAGGUGAACACAACAGACACAGAUCAGCUGGAAAACACGCUGAAAAACAUAAUUUUCCCUGUCCAAAUCAGCCCUCAAGUAAACAUCUCAGACACUGAUAUAACUACAGUUUGUAGCCAAGAUGGCACUGAGUUCCAGUGCCGCUGUGAGGAUGACUAUCUCUGGCCUUGUAACAAGUGUGCCACCCAUGGGAAAUGUGAUGGUCACACAAAUAACACAUGUGGCUGCAUUAAGGCUAUUCCCACAGAUGGACAAUAUUGUCAGUCAAUCCAAAAUCAAAACAUUUCAGUGUGUUCACCAUCAACAGCUCCUCCAGUUAUUUAUGAUUACAUCCUUUCUGUUGAGUUGAACAUCUCAGAUGUUGCAGUAAUAACUCAACUGAGGACCAUUCUGAGCAACAUCAGUUACCCCAUCAGCAUCAACAACCACAUACAAAUCUCCUAUGUCAACAUUUCAACAGUUUGCUCUCUGAGCAGUGAUGGCUUCCAGUGCAGAUGUGAGGAUCAGUAUCGUUGGUCAUGUGAUCAGUGUUUCCUGUAUGGAUCCUGUGACAACAUCACUGAUGACACAUGUGGAUGCAUCAAUGUCAUUCCUCCUGAUGGACAACACUGCCAGUCUGCUUAUCACCACAACUUCAUAGUUUGUCCUGUUACAACACACGCUCCAUCAACAUCUCCUCCAGUUAUUUAUGAAUAUCUGAUUUCUGUUGAGUUGAACAUCUCAGAUGUUAUGGAAAUAAAUCAUCUGCGGACCAUUCUAAGCAACAUCUCAUACCCCAUCAGCAUCAACAACCACAUGCAAAUCUCUGACAUCAACAUUUUAACAGUUUGUUAUGCAAAAGCAACAACAUUCCAAUGCAGAUGUGAAGAACAGUAUCAUUGGCCUUGUCAUAUGUGCUCCUCUCUUGACAAAUGUGAUGAUAAAACUGAAAGUACUUGUAGAUGUAUCAGUGCCUUUCCUCCAGUUGGGGUUUACUGCCAGCCACUGUCAGAUAUCAUAAUUUGCCCAUCACCAACUUCUCCAAACGACUCAGCAUCUGUUGCUCCAACAGACCUAACAACACCCACAACUAUAACACCAGCUUUGAUUGACCCAACAUUUCUUGCUACAACAGAUUUUAACACCACAACAGCUACAGCAAUUGGUGCAAAUUCAACACCUGUUGCUUCGACCACAAUGAACACUACAACACCUGCACUAUCAACACUUGUAACAAAUUCAAUGACAGAUGUAAAGACAACAGCAGUCACCACAACACCAACAACGGUAGCAAAUUCAUCAUCUAUUGCCACAACAAAUGUGAUAGCUACUACACCCAUAUCACCACCAACAACUACUAGUGUGACCAGCCAAAAUACCACAGUUCGCUCCACAAUGCCAGAGGCUACACCUACCCUUGCUCCAGCCACAGACCUCACUGAAACAACAAAGACUAUUACCACCACCAAAGUCACUCCAGCUAGCUCCAUCCCCACUACUAGCACAACUGCUACUAGUACCCUUUCAGCGUCUGGGAUCACUUCUACAACUGUUGCAGGAUUUGAUGUGGAAAUGUUGGUCAGAUUAGACAAGGAAUACACAUCAGAAUUAAAUGAUUCAGAAAGUUCUACAUACAAGGAGCUUGAAUCAAGGAUUAAUUCAGUGUUGGAUGAGCAGUAUAAGAGAAUCACAGGGUUUCAAGAUGUCUCUGUAAAAGCAUUCAGAGAAGGAAGUAUAAUCACAGAAUACAUUGUUCAGACAACACAAGUUAUUCCAGAUGAAAUAGCUGAAACAAAUGAAAAAGUCCCAGAAGCGAUGAGGCCCAUUGCCCCUGUCCUUGGCUCAGUGACUGCAUUUUACAACAGUCCAACUUCAAUCAGCUAUCCAGACCUUACUUACACUGGUAACACCAUGACACUAUUGUGUGGCCCUCCACAAAACAUUGAUGUGGGACAAAUCUCUGAUUCAGAGUGGACAUUUAGAGGGCGGGAAAUUAAAAACGGCAUACGGAUGAAAAUAACAACUUCUGACAGAAAGUCCAUGCUUAAAGUUAACAAUGUCAUCCUUGCUGAUACUGGACUUUAUCAAUGUACUCUGAGAGGCAGAGUGAUGAAUUUCCUCCAGAAAGGAUUUGUAAAAAGAGUUGCCAUCAAACAAGCUCCCAUUGUGCGGCUUCAGAGUAAAGUUAAUGUUAAAUGCAAAGAGGGACAUAAAGAACAACUUCAGUGUUGUGUGCAGGCACCCUAUAAAGUCAAGUGGUUUCUAGCCAACACUGUUUUAUCCUCAGAUGUCACUGAGGAUAGAGAAUCCUACUGCAUCAAGCAUGAUUACCAGCUAGGAAGUUGCAGCGGACCACAGCAAAGAGAAAUACGUUUUACAUGUCAGGUAGAUGAAGCAAAGGACUAUGAAGUGACAACAGCUAUGAUAAUAUUUAGAGACGGUUUUAUAUGCAACAAUGCUGAGUAUGGAACUGGACGAGCAGGUGACAUUUCAAGCAUUGGAUGUGAUAAUGGUCAAGAGGGGAGCAAGACUGCAACCUGUCAGCAAACCAGAGAGGAAAUAGGGGUAUGGAAACUGCUAGAGGACACCUGCAUCAUAACAGAAAUCAAGGAGUUAUUAAUUGACUCACAGGAUUUGAUUGUGGAUGAAUUGCCAGAAUUUGUGGCAAAUCUAAACAAAACUGUCCAGGAAGAAAGUAAAGACAUUGUAAAUUCAUCUGCAACUAUAUCAGCUGUUGUUGACAUUCUUGGCACCAUUGCAACUGUUUCCAUUGACAGUGAAGUCAGUAAAUCCAUCAUGGAGAAUGUUCUUGAAACAGUUGAUGUCAUCAUUGGUGAUGAUGCAAGAGAGUCCUGGGCAGUUCUAAAUGCAAAUGAGUCCCGCAAUGCAAGCUCAGAAUUACUGGGUUCACUGGAGACUCUGUCCAGUGGGUUGGUUGGGGAGUUUGUCAUCAAAAUUCAACAUAUCCUGCUCACCCGAACAAUGUUUGACAACAACUUCAUGGCAGAUCUGAACUCAAGCAUUGAAAUAUACAUUCCAGAUACCAACCAGAACAAUGUCUUGAUCACCACCAUUGCCUUAUUCACCCUUAAUAAUGUUAUGCCAGCAAGGUACUCCAGCUUUGACACCAGUCUCUUCAAUGACAUCAGCAAUGACAAUGUCAAUGAUAAUGCCAUCAAUGCUGCUGUGGUGCUAGUCCAAAUAAAUGCAACAAUUCAGAAUGUCACUCUGCGCUAUGAUAAGCUAGACAACUCCUUGUCAGUAAACCCACAGUGUGUCUUCUGGAAUUACGCACGCUUUGACAAUCUGGGUGCUUGGGAUAAUGAUGGUUGUACGUUUGUUUCGGAUAUAAACAACACAGUAACCUGUAGUUGCAACCAUCUUACCUCCUUCUCAAUACUGAUGGCAACAGAAAUCCCCCCAGAACUCAAACAUGCCCUGGAUAUAAUCACUUAUGUUGGAGUUGGGAUAUCUCUGGCAAGCUUGGUUAUAUGUCUCAUUAUUGAAGGAUACGUUUGGAAAGCCAUAACCAGAAAUAGCACUGCUUUCAUGCGACAUGUUUCCAUCGUUAACACUGCCCUGUCUCUUUUGAUCGCUGACAUCUGCUUCAUCAUUGCUGCUGCUAUUGCGAAGAACCCUCUUGAAAACCCAGGAGAAGACUAUGACAUUCCAGUUGGAACAUGCAGCACAACAACAUUUUUUAUGCACUUUUUCUACCUUGCCCUGUUCUUUUGGAUGCUUGUGUCAGGCCUUCUGCUCUUUUACCGGACAGUCAUGGUUUUCUCCCACAUGUCCAGGUCAACCAUGUUGGCCAUUGGCUUCAGUUUAGGCUAUGGUUGUCCUCUGAUUAUAGCUGUUAUAACUGUUGCUGUCACAGCAUCAGGAAAUGGUUAUAUAAGGAGAGAAGAAGUUUGCUGGCUCAACUGGACAGAAACAAAGGCCCUGUUGUCCCUCGUGAUACCUGCCUUGACCAUAGUUUUUAUCAACAUUUUAAUAGUGAUUGUUGUCUUGUUCAAAAUGCUAAGAAGAGGUGUAGGAGACACCACCCAAGCAGAUGAAAAAAGUACAAUGGUGGUCAUUGCAAGGUGUGUGAUCAUUUUGACUCCUUUAUUUGGACUGACCUGGUCUUUGGGCGUGGGAACCAUGGUAUCGUCAACAAAUGAAGGAAUCCACAUAGCCUUUGCAUUCUUCAGUUCACUACAGGGUUUCUUCAUUUUAGUGUUUGGGACACUAUUUGAUUCAAAGAUCCGUUCUAUUCUUUCAAGAAGAUUACCUACAUCAAGCACAGGCUCUAGUUCGACAAAAGAAAACACAACAGAAUAACACAGAACAACAGAGCUGCCAAAUAAAAUUAAAAGUGUGCCUUGGAUGAAUGUAAUAUUGCCGUUAUCUACAUGGCCAGGUGUUACAGAAAUAGAAGUUGCAGUACAGUCAAGAGCACAUCUCUGCAGAAAAAGGAUUACAUGUCUUUAAGAUAGUCAAUGAAUGGACUCCAAAUGCUCAGAACGUGGUUUUGUGUUUUAAAGAUGUAGAAGCAUAUCCUUUCCAUCUGGAUAAUCCCAAUCAUUUCGUUGAGCCAUUUUUAAAAGCAGGGGGGAGUGGGGGAUUUCCAGUCCAGGAGAAUCAUUUUCUUUGCAGCAAACAUGCCAAGCAUUAGUGCUUGUUGCAUCUCAAGGCAUUCAACCUGAGGGCAUUCUCUGAGCACCCAAAGAGUGCCAGCUCUGGGUCAGGAGCAAUGUCCAAGUUUUAGAACCAGCUAAGCCACUGAAAUACAUCACACCAGAACCUAUGCAGUUGAGGACAUAACCAAAAAAGAUGUGAUAACGAACCCUCUGCAGCUCCGAAUCGGUCACACAGUGGGGAAAGCGAUGGAUAGAUUCUAUGCAGUUUAAGAUUCAAACCUAAUCCAAACCUGAUUUGCAUAUAAUUUGUAACAUUUAUAGAACAGGUGUGAAUUCUGGUCAAAG